AUGAAUCGAGAAUGGUUUCAGCUCGACAUGGAGCUUCCAUCUGGCUCCUCACCUCCAUUUGCUCGAGUUCCUGGUGCUCCCGGCACUCUUGAAAUGGAAAACCCAUUUGAGAAGAAGAGCGAUGAGGAAAUUCUUCAAGCAGAAUAUCUCAAGCUCAAACAAGAGCAACAGUAUUAUGAAAUAACUGCAAUUGCUCAAAAAAAAGCAAUUGAGGACCUCACUGUGAAAUUCGAAGAAUUGAAGAUUCUCAAGGAAAACCCCCCGAAGCAAACCGCGAAGAGACGCAAUCUCUACGCAACUAUCCAAAAACACAAAGCCGACAUCGAAGCGUUUCACCUUCUCAACUAUGAAAGUCAACGAGCUGUGAAAAUUUUGAACGACUCUUGCAACAGACUCGACAGAGAUUUCAAGAAGUACCGUGAACGCACCAAAGAGUUGGAGGGCGAUUUCGAGCAGUUGAAAAACCAAUUCUACGAAGAGGUAACCCAAGAGCAAGAUGAACUCGAGGAGAAGGACAACAUGAUUGAGGGAUUGGUGGAUUCGAAUGAGAUGCUUGCUCAAAAGAUCAAGGACAAGGAGACGUUCAUCGAGAAGCUCCAGGAGAAAUUGACAACUUUGUCUUGA